AUGUGUGAUAAUUUUGGCAAAAUUGUUUGCAAGUCGUGUGAAGUGUUUAAACGAAAAACAACUCUUAAAUAUAAGCUAAUCAAAUGCUGUUCCGGUCCGAAUGCAUUUAGUUUCAUACGUGAAAUGUUUGAAACUGGUGAAACGGACUAUAAAACAUACACUCAACGUGUUAACAAAGCCGAGUGCAUUAUAGCGACCACCUCUUUGAGGGAUCAAUUAAUGGACAUUAGGGUAAACCUAUCGCUUAAGCCAGUGUUUAACGAGAUGAUAGAUUUCAACUUUUUCACCGAGCUGCAAAUGCGACGAGUGGCCGAGUUGUUUAACUCGACCAACGUGUUUGACCACGAGCCGUCGCAUCCUAUGGCCAUCAUCGAGAUAACCGACCUUGUUCAACUCAACCGGUUAUGUGUGAUGAGUAUGGCCCAGGAUGUGCGCGAUGUGCUCGCCUUUGCCAACAACUUGCACUCGUUCAACAAUCUGUGCCCCGGAGAUCAGCUCUCGCUAUUGAAGUAUGCCUGCUAUGAGAUCGCUAUACUUCGGGCCACUUUGUUGUUUGACAUUAACACCGAGUACUUUACAAUGAUUUGUGAUCAUUAUACAGAGAAUCCGACGAUUGGUUUAUAUAAGUUGGAUGUUAUGAAGGAAGAGAAACACCACUUGUAUUCAUAUUAUAAAAGUUAUUUGCAUAAAACAUUGCCCGAGUGGAAUCGCGACCCGGUCAUAUUUAACUUGUUAACAGCGAUUGUCUUGUUUAACCCAAACCGGCCCAAUAUAUCCCAUAGAGAUGUGAUUCAAGCUGAACAAAAACUGUAUAUAUAUUUACUUCAAUGCUAUCUAUAUAUGAAAUGUCGAUCGGAAGCGGAAACGCAAUCAAAACUAUCAAAACUGAUGAAUCCAUUGACAGAUCUUCAGGUGAUUUGUGAGAUCGAGAAGAAGAUCGGACACGAGAUCUAUUACUACGAGUCCGUCGGACCUAAUCUUAAAGACUUUUUUAUGCAAUAUUAA